CUCAUACAUAAACGCAACCAUUCCAAUAUUUAAUUAGUUUUCUUUCUUUCAAUUCAAAAAACAAAAAAAAUCGAAGAAGAGGCCGGUGGAAGAAUGCCUUUCAAUGCACAAAAGGCUUUCUGGAAAUUAGCUUUAGGAACUCGCCCUUAUGGAGGAGGAGCAUCGCCGCCGUGGGGGGAGUUUUUCCCGGUGUACGUGGCCGUGGGGAUGAUAGCGUUAGCGGCAGGGUUCGGGAUCCACACUGCCCGUCACCAGUUGAGCCGGUCGCCCAACGUGCAUUUGAAGAAGUCGAGGAGGGAGACGGUGCCGGAGGUGGUGGAGCCGGACCGAGUGGUGGAUGAUGCCCACAACUUCAUCAAGAAAUCCUUCUUUCGGAAGGUUGCUCAUGUCCAGCACCACUUUGAUGCUGCUCCACAAACCAUUCCUGAUCCCAUAAGAGGAGAUGUCCUUGCUAGGGAACCCAAAGCGGAGACGCUCAAAUCCGUGGGAGUGAAUCCAAAAUUGCAACAGCAAGAGCAUUGAUUGAGCUGCACAUUCCAAUUUACCCAUGAAAGACACAAAUGUGACUUUGUUUUCAAUUUCCCCAAAAAGUGAAUGAACCGUGAACAUGCAUUUUAUUUCCUCUAUUAAAUACAGAAUAUUACAUUUAUUAUGAUUUUAUUUUAUACUCCCUCCUUCCCCGACAGUGUCAGUCGAAAUAGUGUCAAAGUCAAAUGGGAACUUCUUUCGGGGAGUAUUUAUUAUCAUUAAGGAG